CAACUCAUUACACUCAUCAAACAAACAAACAUUCCAAACCAAAAAUUCAAAACAAAAAAACACAUUUUCUAUUAAGAAAACAAUGGCAAACAUGAAGGUAGCAUGUGUUGUUUUGUUGGUUUGCAUAGUAAUUGCACCUAUGGCAGAAGCUGGAAUCUCAUGUGGAACUGUAAAUAGUGCUCUUGCUCAAUGCAUUCCUUACCUUAAAGGUGGUCCUAGUCCUUCUCCAGCCUGUUGUGCUGGAGUCAAGAGACUCAACUCCGCCGCCGUUACCACACCUGAUCGUCAGGCUGCCUGCAACUGCUUGAAAAAUGCUGCUGGUGCUAUUUCUGGUUUGAAUACUAACAACGCCGGUGCUCUUCCCGGCAAAUGUGGUGUUAGUAUUCCAUACAAGAUCAGUACCUCCACCAACUGUGCUACCAUCAAGGCUUGAAGAUGACAUUGCAGAUGCAAGAUUAUGGAAACUUCUCACUAUAUAUGAAAGUUCCUUUUAAUGCUAUUAAGAAUAAGAAUGAGAGUGAUGGAGGCUCAUGUUAUAUGUGGCCCUAUCUUCUUGUACCAGACUGUAUUUGAUAGUUUUCUAUGUGUUGUUUUAUAAAUUACAUAGUGAAAUAUUUUAAUUGGGUGUUUUUAUGUAGUUAA